AUGCUGCUGCUGCUGCUGCUGCUGCUGCUGCUGCUCUCUACAUCCGACAGCAAAGCGUUUGCUGCUUCUUCUGAGACCCCGCUGCUGCCAGCCCGCGAGCGCAGCAGCUGCAGCAGCAGCUGCUCAGCCUGCAGCAGCAGCAGCAGCAGCAGCAGCAACGGCAGCAGAAACAGCCAAAUAGAAACAGCAACAAUCCACACCACCGGCAGCAGCAACAGCAGCAAUAGCAACAACAGCAACAACAAUCGCAACAGCAACAGCAACAGCAGCAGCAGCAGCAGCAGCAGCAGCAGCAGCAGCAGCAACAUAACAGCAGCAGCAGCAACGGCAGCAGCAGCAGCACGCCAGCACCACCAGCAGCACAACCACCACCACGAACACCAUCAGCAGCAGCAGCAGCAACAGCAGCAGCAGCAGCAGCAGCAGCAACAGCAGCAGCAGCAGCAACAGCAGCAGCAGCAACAGCAGCAACAGCAGCAGCAGCAGCAGCAGCAGCAGCUAUCGUGCCUGUAG